UAGCAUAACAUCACUGCGGAUUCUCUGAUCAUCCAAGGAAGAAAUACUUAAUCAUAUUUCUGCAUUUUUUUUUUUUUUUUUUUUUGAGGAAAUCAUAUUUCUGCAUUAAUAACAAGAUUAAAAGGAGAAUUUCUUGAAUCAAUAUGGCAGAAAACAAGAAAAUAGUGAUGGGAAAAUACGAAUUGGGAAGGCUCCUAGGCAGAGGAACCUUCGCGAAGGUCUACCUCGGCCGGAAUCUGGCGACGGAGGAGUGCGUGGCGGUGAAGGUGAUGAAGAAAGACGAGGUGAUCAAGAGCGAGAAGAUGAUGGAGCAGUUCAAGCGCGAGAUCGCCGUGAUGCGCCUCGUGCGCCACCCCAACAUCGUCGGUCUCAAGGAGGUGAUGGCGACGCGGUCCAAGAUCUUCGUCGUGAUGGAGUACGUCCGCGGCGGCGAGCUCUUCGCCAAGGUGGAGCGCGGCCGCCUCCGGGAGGGCGCGGCGCGGCGCUACUUCCAGCAGCUCGUCAGCGCCGUCGACUUCUGCCACAGCCGCGGCGUCUUCCACCGCGACAUCAAGCCGGAGAACCUCCUCCUCGACGAGAACGGGGACCUCAAGAUCUCCGACUUCGGCCUCUCCGCCCUCCACGACGGCGGCCUCCUCCACACGCAGUGCGGGACGCCGGCCUACGUCGCGCCGGAGGUCCUCAGGAUGAAGGGCUACGACGGCGCCACCGCGGACGUCUGGUCGUGCGGCGUCGUUUUGUACGUGCUGUUGGCGGGUUUUUUACCGUUUCAAGACGAGAGCUUGAAUGGGAUGUAUAGGAAGAUAUUUAGGGGCGAAUACGAGAUUCCGCCUUGGUUCUCGAGCGAAUCUAGGCGAUUGGUCUCUAAAUUGUUGGUGGUGGACCCGGGUAAGCGGAUCUCGAUCCCGGGUAUAAUGCGGGUCACGUGGUUUCGAAAGGCGUUCAAAAGACCUAAUGCGUUCGACGAGGAUGAGAAUGAGGAUGAAAAUGAGGAUGAGAGACUGAUCAGGAAAUCACCGUCUUCGCCUGCGUUCCUGAACGCGUUUCAGUUCAUCUCGUCGAUGUCGACGGGGUUCGAUCUCUCGAACAUGUUCGAGGACCGGAGGAAGAAGGGCGGGUCGACGUUCACGUCGAGGUGCUCGGCGAGGGUGGUCAUGGGGAAAAUCGAGGUGGCGGCGAAGAGGCUAGGGUUUAGGGUUGCUAGGACCAAGGACUUCAAGAUGAGGUUGGUGGGGCCCGCCGAGGGGCGGAAGGGGCGGCUCUCCGUCACGGCCGAGGUGUUCAAGGUGGCGCCGGAGGUGACGGUGGUGGAGCUCUCGAAGUACUCCGGCGACACGUUGGAGUAUGUGAAGUUUCGCGAGGAGGAUGUUAGGCCGGCUUUGAAAGAUGUGGUUUGGACAUGGCGAGGUGACAAUGUCUUCAAUCGGGAGGAUCAAAUUUGUGUUGAGGAAUAAGGUUGGUUAAUUUGCUUAAUUAUUUUUUUAAUUUCACUUAUUAAUUUUUGAUUAGUGGCCAAAUUAAGGUUACACGCGUUUGUUGGGGUUUUUUGUCUUUUUUUUUUUUGGUAGUUUCACUUGAUUGAAGAUUUGUCAACAUAUAUAUACAACAUAUAUAACGUGUGUGUACAUAUAUAAUUCCCUAUAUAUGAAUUGAAAUUGAUUCA